GCGAGCGGAGCCGAGCGGAGCCAUGGCCGCGGGGCCGCCCGGCAGCCGCCUCCUGCCGCUGCUGCUGCUGCUGGGGCCGGCGCUCGGCCAGGGCCUGGGGCAGACGCGCUUCAUCUGCACCUCGGUGCCGCUGGACGGGGACGUGUGCGCCGCCUCGGCGCUGGGCACCGGCUCGGCCGAGGAGCUGAAGGGCACCGUGCUGCAGCUGCGGGAGACGGUGCUGCAGCAGAAGGAAACCAUCAUGAACCAGAAGGAGACGAUCCGCGAGCUCACGGCCAAGCUGGGCCGCUGCGAGAGCCAGAGCGUGCUGGAGCCGCCCGGCGAGGGAAAGGGCAGGAAGGGCUUCUCCAAGAACACCAUGGGCGACCUGUCGCGGCCGGCCGCCGCCGAGACCCUCAGCCAGCUGGGGCAGACGCUGCAGUCGCUGAAAACCCGGCUGGAGAACCUGGAGCAGUUCAGCAGGAUGAACUCCUCCAGCCAGACCAACAACCUGAAGGACAUCCUGCAGAACAAGAUCGAUGACCUGGAGAAGCAGGUGCUGUCGCGGGUGAACAGCCUGGAGGAGGGCAAGCUCAGCCCCCGCAACGAGUCCGAGGAGCGCGGCAAGAUCGAGAGCACCCUCACCUCGCUGCACCAGCGCAUCAGCGACCUGGAGAAAGGCCAGAAGGACAACCGGCCCCCGGACAGGUUCCAGCUCACCUUCCACCUGCGCACCAACUACAUGUACGCCAAGGUGAAGAAGAGCCUGCCCGAGAUGUACGCCUUCAGCAUCUGCAUGUGGAUCAAAUCCAGCGCCUCCCCCGGCAUGGGCACCCCCUUCUCCUACGCCGUGCCCGGGCAGGCUAACGAGCUGGUGCUCAUCGAGUGGGGCAACAACCCCAUGGAGAUCCUCAUCAACGACAAGGUGGCCAAGCUGCCCUUCGCCAUCAACGACGGCAAGUGGCACCACAUCUGCGUCACCUGGACCACGCGGGACGGCGUGUGGGAAGCGUACCAGGACGGCACGCAGACGGGCAACGGCGAGAACCUGGCCCCCUACCACCCCAUCAAGCCGCAGGGCGUGCUGGUGCUGGGCCAGGAGCAGGACACGCUGGGCGGCGGCUUCGACGCCACGCAGGCGUUCGUGGGGGAGCUGGCCCACUUCAACGUGUGGGACCGCAAGCUGAGCCCGGGCGAGGUGUACGGCCUGGCCACCUGCAGCUCCAAGGCGCUCGCCGGCAACGUCAUCGCCUGGGCCGAGGCCAACAUCGACAUCUACGGCGGGGCCACCAAGUGGACUUUCGAGGCCUGCCGCCAGCUCAACUAGGGCCACGGACAAGCGAGAGAAACCUCCUCAGCGGGUUCUUUUAUUUAUUUGUUUGUUUCCUCCUUGUUUUGCGCAAAAACGACCGAGAACGAAGCCACCCGACUCGCCCCGGCGGCGGGGAUGCCCCGGCAGCGGGGCGCCCGCCCCCGGAGCCCCACGACCCUCCGGUUUCUGUCUUGCCAACGUCCUUCAACGCCUGCGUGCCUUGGCCUGGCGCGGCUGCGCCCCCCCGCCGCCCCCCGGCCCGGCCCCCGCUUCGCCGCCGCUUCCCUCGGGCACCGGCGCCUGAAAAGGCCGCGGGGCCCGGCCCGGAGCCCGCCCGGGGCUCCUCUCUCUGCCCAGCCUGGCUCCCGGAGCUGGGGGAGAGCUCUGACAUCCCCCCCGCCCAGCUGCGCUCCAGCCGGGACCCCGAGGAGGGGCGACCCCUCCGCUGACCCCCCUGAGGAGCCGCCCCUGCCCCGGAGCCCGUCCCGGGCACCACAGCCAUAGCCCCGGGCUGCGGCGGGCACCUGGGGACCCCCGGCCCCGCUCCCCGACCUGCCGCACUCAGGUACCCCCGGCCCCGCCGCCUGCAGCCCCCCGAGGCUCCUUAGCUGGUGACAAAUAGCCUUGACCGUCCCCUCCAGCCCAGCUCCCACUGACAGGUCUGAAGCCUUUCUGCUUUUGAUAAUACACUCUCUUGUUUCUCUUACUGUAAAGGGAAGUUUAUUACCAAUAAUAAAAAAGGGUAUUUUUAUGAAGAUAAAAAAAAAUAUAUAUAUAUAGAGUUAUCAGCGCUCCCUGAGAAAAAAAAAAAGUGCUUUGAGAUUCUGCAGGAUAAAAAGAGAUAAAGAAGCGUAUUUUGAGAUAACAGAUGCAUUUUGUAUGGUUUCCUUUUCUAAACUCCUGGUUUGUACUACAGAUUGCAGAAAUCACUCCCCAGCCCCCCUCCUGCCCCCCCUGGGCGGCAGCGGAGGAGGAGGCCGAGAAUUCACCCGGGGCUCCAGAGCCUCACGACCAACUCCAAAGAUGCGGCAAAGACACGGGCGGAGCGGCGGAGCUGCCCCGGCACCCCCGAGCCGGGCCCCGCGCACGGCUCAGGGCAGCGGAGCCUCGGCCGUGCUCUUGGUGCGAGAAAAUAAACCCCGAACCAUCGAGAGUUAAUUUGAGUUCCUCCCAAGCCCCCGUCCACAUCGGCGAGCACAGGCACAACCUGCUGAGAACAACAGCGAGACCACGGCACGGGUUUAUCUCCAGCCCCAGGUGCGUUGGAUUUGCCAAAAAACCACGAAAGGGUGUGAUGUCAACGCGUGUACAUAGUGUACAGUAGGGGAGAGAAUCGAUGUAUCUUAAUUUGUCAUUAUUUUGCUAACCAAAGCUGUACAUUUUUCCUACUCCCGGCUCUGUCUCCUUUGGGAUUUGAAGGGGUUCUGACACCCCGUGCAUCCGGCCCGCAUCGGCAGUUCUGACAAUGCACUGUUUCUACGGAUUCUCAUGCUUUUUCCAUUUUAUUGCUGGGAUUACAUGAAUUGUUGACUUUAUUUUUACACAAUAAAGCGUGAAGAAAGACA